UCCUGCACCUUUCAACCAAUAGCACCGUCUUGUUAUGUUUACGGAACCAGUAAUCCCGCCUCCUGGACGUUUUGACCAAUAGCAGCGUCGCCUUAUGUACACGUGAUCCCGCCUCCUGGACGUUUCGACCAAUAGCAGCGUCUCUUCCUCCACCUCCAGGUUUUACCGCUAAAACCAAAUUGGCUCCGGUUUUGUUGCUGCGGUGUGUCUGAGUUAGAAAACAAAGAAAAACUAAAAUUUCCCAUUUGAACAGGUGUUCCUGCUCCAGGAUCGGGGUCGGCCCUCUUCAUUAGAAGAUAAAGACUACAUCCAGAGGUUUGGGUUCCCCGGGGCGAGAUGGGGAUCUCCGGCCUGCUGCAGUUCAUCAAAGACGCCGCCGAGCCGGUCAGCGUGAAGAAGUACCGCGGCCAGACGGUGGCGGUGGACACGUACUGCUGGCUGCACAAAGGAGCCUUCUCCUGCGCCGAGAAGCUGGCGAAGGGGGAGCCCACCGACCAGUACGUCUGGUACUGCAUGAAGUUUGUGGACAUGCUGCUCGGCUUCGGCGUGAAGCCCGUCCUGGUGUUCGACGGACGCAACCUGCCGUCCAAGAAGGAGGUGGAGAAGGCUCGGCGAGAGCGCAGGGAGUUGAACCUGCAGCGAGGACGCCAGCUGCUGCGUGAAGGGAAGCUGUCCGAGGCCAGAGACUGCUUCACCCGCUGCGUCAACGUCACGCCGUCCAUGGCUCACCGCGUGAUCCAGGCUGCCAGGACCCGGGGAGUGGACUGCAUAGUGGCUCCGUAUGAGGCCGACGCCCAGUUGGCCUUCCUCAGCAAGUCGGGUCUGGCCCAGGCCGUCAUCACCGAGGACUCGGACCUGCUGGCCUUCGGCUGCAGGAAGGUGAUCCUCAAGAUGGACAAGCAGGGCAACGGUCUGGAGGUGGACCGGGACCACCUGGGCCGCUGCCGCUCGCUGGGGAACGUCUUCACGCCGGACAAGUUCCGCUACAUGUGCAUCCUGGCGGGCUGCGACUACCUGGCCUCGCUGCACGGCAUCGGCCUGGGCAAGGCCUGCAAGCUGCUGCGGCUGGCCCAGGACCCCGACAUCCUCAAGGUCGUCAGGAAGAUGGGCCAGUACCUGAAGAUGAGCCUGCAGGUCCCGGACUCCUACGUCCAGGGCUUCGUCAAGGCCAACAACACCUUCCUGUACCAGCUGGUCUUCGACCCGGUCCAGAGGAGGGUGGUGCCCCUCAACCCGUACCCGGAGCACCUGGACCCGUCCUCCCUGGCCUACGCCGGACCGAACCUGGGGGACGAGACGGGUCUGCAGCUGGCCCUGGGGAACCUGGACCUCCACACCCUGGAGCAGAUCGACGACUUCAGCCCGGACCGGCCGGGCGCAGGGUCCUGCAGACCCCGCAGCCAGAGCUGGAACCAGAACCAGGCCCCGGCCCCCCCGGGGGGCAGCAUCUGGAGCCGAGGCUGCACCUCCGCCCCCGCCGCCCAAACCACCGCCGCCCCCGCCUCGCCACGCAGGCCGCCGCCCACCAGGGGGCAGCAGAGCGCCGUCAGGCCGCCCUGCAGGGAGCUGCAGGUGAAGAGGCCCAGAGAGGACUCCGGUGUUUCAGACCAGGACGUGCUGCAGCUGUACUCCUCCUCCUCCUCCUCCUUCUCCUCCUCCUCUUCCUCCUCCUGCUCCAGUCACAAGCGGUCCAGACCAGACCAGGAAGUGGUCUGGCCCUCCGGGAGCAGCCAGCCUCGACCACGGAACCGCUUCGCCACCGUGUUACAGAGGAGGAACCAGGAGGCCGAGGGGGGCCAUGAGGAGACACGCAGCAGGUUCUUCAGCAGCUCCAGCCCCCCCCCCUGCAGAGUCCCCCUCAGGGCCCCCCCUCCUGCUCAGCCGACUGAGGACCAGUCCUGCUCCUCCAGCGACGGGCCCGACGCUCCCUCAGUGGAGACGCCGAGCCCCCCUGUGUCCCCAUCCUCCCCUCCCCCCCCAGAGUCUCCACCCUCCCCUCCCCCCGGCCCCCCCAGCCAGGGCCUCAGACUCUUCCCCUGGUCCUCCUCGCCCCCCCCCGGCUCCGGCCUGGCCUCUCUGAAGCAGUUUCAGUACAAGAAGGAGAGUUCUUCGCCCGCUGGAGGCUCGUCCCCCCCCCACAGCAGACCGGACGACGCAGACGACCCGCCGGCGUCCCAGGACAGUGCCUACUUCUCUCAGUCGCAGCCUCAGCUGCCCCCCCUGCACCGAGAGGAUGGCCCCCCCCACGGCGGCUCCCUCCAGGAAGACGAGACGGAAUCAGAGGCAGAGCUCAGUCCUGCAGGGAGGAAACCCGGCUCGCUCGGGUCCAAGGUUUCAGGUCUGGCGAAGCCCCGGUCCGGCUGCGGCGGUCCGGCAGAGCGGGUCCAGAGGCGGGUCCAGAAGCUGGGUCCGGCCCGGGCCAGCGGCCUGAGGAAGAGACCGUCGUCCGCCAACAACGAGAACCGGCCCGGGGUCCAGGCCACCAUCAGCGGCCUGUGGAGCAGCUUCAGCUUCAGGAGAGACGUCCAGAAGAUGAGUUCCUGUAAGAAGGGAGAGCCGCUGUCUCCCGUCAAGGACAACAUGGCGGCGCAGUGAGCACGGCCGUCCAGGCGGCAGCGCUCUUUAGACAUACUGUGUAUGUGGAGAUGGUUUUCUGUCUGUGCUUUUAUAAAUAAAGGGAAUCUUCUGA